GAAAAGGUUUAAGCGGUUUUCACUUCCGAAGGGUUUUGAAGUUGACAAACACUGUCAUUUGAUAAUCACAGUCCAACGGAAGUAAGGCAAGUGCAUCUUCAAUUUUCAUGGCCGACGAAACGAAAGAAACAGAGCCUAAAAUAAAUGAAACUGAGAUUAAGGAUUUGAGCUCCAAUCCCUCAACCUUGAAGCCAUGGGAGCAGCAUGGGGGAGUCAUAAACUUACCUCGUUUCGACUAUAACGCGCCUUCUUCUCUUCUUCAAUACUCUCAUACCGGCUUCCUCAUCACCUGCACUAUCAAGAGGGAGAAAAGCGCAACGAAAGAAGCAAUGUCUAUCCUUGGGAAGUAUUUUACUGGUAGCAGUAAUGAAAAUUCCAAUAUCUCUGAUGAAGCUUCUAAUUCUAAGAAAAGGAAAACAUGUACAGAGGACUUAGAUAAUGAAUGCAACAAUGACGAGGAAAGCAAAGAAGCUGCUAAUUUUUCCGAGAACAAAUCUGGUAGCUCUGUGUUGUCCACAAAGAAUGAUACAAUUGAAGAGAGAAAUCACGUUCUUUCACUAGUUAAGCUGACAGGGAGCGGUUUGCUUCUAUUUACCUUCACCAAAGGCACUUCUUUUGAUCCUGUACAAAUUGUGUCAAAUAUUAUUGAGUCCCGGGAUUCUGCAAGUUCUAGUUCACCCCAGUGGUGUCAUCGCAUCUUUCCUAUCCAAGCUACUUGUAGUUUGAAUGAGAAGGAACUACAUACACUUGUAUCAAAGCUUGUUCUUGAUUUCGUGAAUGAUAAACAAAAGAAACUGGCAAAGCCUUUAAAGUUUGCAGUUGGAUACAACAGAAGAGGAACUGAAGAGGCCGAGAUGAAGGUUCCAAAAGAUACUUCAACUGUCUCAACCGGAUGUAACUUGUUGGAUCGUAACAACUGCUUCUCAAUUGUGGCUGCUGCAGUUAAAGAAGUUGUGCCAGAUUCAGUAGUGGAUCUUCGGUCUCCAGAGCUUUCUGUUCUUGUUGAGCUACUUCCCCUCUCUAGGGUACGGAACGGAUCAUUAGUAGUUGCUGUAUCAGUUCUCCCACAAAAUCUAGUCAGCACAAAACCACGGCUGUGCAUCAAGGCUCUGGUUUCAAAUGUCAAAGUGAAGGGCGCAAAGCAUUAAACCCGGGAUUUGUGGCUAUGUUUUAGUAUUCUUCAUGCCAUAGGACCUUGCUGCAAUAUCUCCCUUUCAAGUCGGAAUGGUCGAUGCUCGGUCGAUUUCCGAUCAGAGCCAUGGAUGGAUCCUAGAUGUCCCCAGAAGAAAAUUCUUUUUGCCUAGAUCCUUGUUGUAGAUUAAUUUUGAUUUGUAGUUUAUGUUACUUCUCCACUACCACUGUGAUUUUUUUUUAAUAGAAACUAA